AUGGUUUACAAUGAAUUACCAAGUGUUUUGAAUGAUAAUCAAAGACAAAAUUAUUUGAAAGUCAGUUACGUUCAAUUGGAACAAUUAACAAAAUAUUUAAAACAUUUUCAUGAUGUUAUUGAAAAACUUAGUUGUGAAAAUACACCAACAAUUCAUUUGGUGAUUCCUUACAAGCAGUUAUUAAUUAAUCGGUCGAAUGAAAAUGAUGAUGAUCAUUAUGACCUAGUACAAUUAAAACGUUUUAUAUCGAAGCAUCUACAGGAUUAUUGGUGCAUUCAUAAUAUACAUUAUGUUGCAAUGUUACUGCAUCCCAAUUUAAAGAGUUUUCAACUUGUACCAGACAAAAAGAAACAUGCUAUUACAUCAUUAAAAUUGGAACUUGAUAAAUUUGUUGAUCCAGUUGUCAUGCAGCCGAUGCAAUUAUCAAAGACAAGUAAUAAAGAGAAAAAAACAAUGCAUUUAACAAAUUCAUUAGAUGAAAUUUUUGAUGUACCUAAUGACGAAAAUGAUAUUCAACAAAUAAUAGAAAAAACAGAACUUGAUCGUUAUUUAGAGGACGAAACAAAAAUUGACAACAAAAUGAAUAUUUUAACAUAUUGGGAUUUAAAUAAAUCAUUAUAUCCAAAUCUAGCUCGAGUUGCUAAACGAAUUUUAGCAAUACCAGCCACCAAUACAACAAUUGAACGCCUAUUUUCUGAUAGUGGGAACACUGUAACUGAUCGUCGAACACGUUUAGAUUCAGAUAACAUUAAUUAUUUAUUGUUCGUAAUGCACAACAUGAAAAUAUUAAAAGAAGUUUAUCCCACGGUCAUUGAAGUAUGUUGA